AUGGCAGUGGCAACUCUGGGUGGCCUGAGGCUGCCAGAGGCUGCAGCGCAGCCUGGCAAAUUUGCCCUGCGAGUUUGCGAGAAGUGCGUCAGCCGAAAGGCAGGCAGCGGCUACAAUCCAAAGUUCGUCUUAGAUCAAACUUCGAAAGCUGCAGCGGCAGCUGGUUGGCCAGCCCCGGGAAUAGAGUGGGGCAAAUGCACAGGGGGAUGCGACUAUGGACCCACAGUGAGACUGGUGAAAGGAGAGUACGCCAUCCCGGUAGUCGUUGAAGGAAUGUCCGAAGACGAAGUCGACUUCAAGGCCUUUCUGGAAAUCGAGGGCGAAUCGGAUGCUGAGAGGGCCUUCGGCCUUGCAAGCCGCCACAUUGCCAUGCAAGCACAGAGCGCCGACUCCGAUGAACCGGCACCAGAAGUGCCUGCCUAG